AUGUCCCGUCCGCCCUCACGAGCCGCCUCCCUGUUCACGUCGCGCACAUCGACCCCAGCCUCUCGUACGGUCUCCCGCGACCCCAAUUCUCUCGAUGCCUGGAUUCUGGGGAGUGGAAUUGCCUCUCUGACAGCGGCCGUACAUCUCAUCAAAGAGGCCAAGGUGCCUCCGUCGAGAAUCCACAUCCUCGAGGAACAGAGCGAAGCAGGCGCGGGAUCAACCAGUAAAGGCGAUGUAGAGUCGGGCUACCACUACCGCGCGGGAUGUCUCCUUCCGUUCUGCGAUAAUCAGAUGGAGGAAUUACUUGCCCUGGUGCCGUCGGAGACGCCCGGGAAAAGCGUCUGGGACGAUAUCCAGGAGUACUUUGAAGAAAACGUACCGAAGCAGGCGUCGCGGACGAGAUUCCUGGCUCGGCGGAAGACCGGAUUGGAGCGGAUUGAAGGGAGGAGAUUCCAUCUGGGAAUCAAGGAUAGGAUGAAUCUGUUCCUGCUGUCGUCCAAGACGGAGAGUGCGCUGGGCCGGUCCCACAUUCGAGAGCAUUUCUCCGUCGGGUUCUUCAGGACGAACUACUGGCUGAUGCUGGCGACGCUGUUCGGUUUCCUGCCGUGUCACAGCGCGGCCGAGUUCCGCCGCUUCAUCCAGCAUUUCCCUCAUGAGAUCCAUACCGUCCAUCAUCCACGUCCCCUCGACCGUGUCCGCUUCAACUUCCAUGAGUCCGUUGUCGCCCCGAUUAUCCGCUUCCUGCAGGCCGAGGGAGUGGACUUUCGCUUUCACACGACCACCACUGAUAUCGUCGUCGAGCCAGCCCAGGAUCCCACACGGGUGACAGCCCUGCACACGGCGCACCAAGGCGAGCGCGAGGCGAUUAUUGAUCUUGGCCCGCAUGAUAUAAUCAUUGUCUCUCUGGGAUCGAUCUUGUCCGGCGCCUCUCGGGGAUCGAACACGGAGCCCCCCUCGCUAGAGAUGAUGGAGAUCGAGAAAGAUCUCGACGGGAACUGGCUGCUGUGGCUGGAACUCGCAACCAAGCAUCCCAAGUUCGGCAACGCAUACAACUUUUGCACGCGACUGCACGAGUCCCGCGUUGGAUACUUUACCGUCACACUCAAGAAUCCCUCUGUCUUCGAGAAGAUGUUCGAGAUCAUCGGCGACGAUCCUCAGACGGGCUCUUUGGUCACGCUGAGAGACAGCCGCUGGCUGCUUACGCUGAGUCUGCCGCGGCAGCCGCUGUUCCCGGAUCAACCGGACGGAGUUCGGGUAUUCUGGGGCUACGCGCUCAAUCCAGAGAACGAAGGGGAUUUCGUCAAGAAACAGAUGCUGGCCUGUUCGGGCGAGGAGAUGCUGACAGAGGUUCUGCAUCAUCUUGGCCUUUCAGUCGACGAGAUCCUGCCUCAGACCGUCACAGUCCCCUGUGUGAUGCCGCGAAUGACGGCCACCUUGCUGCCGAGGAGUGACGGGGAUCGGCCCCAGGUGGUUCCCCCGGGGAUGACCAACAUGGCCCUCAUUGGGCAGUUUGUGGAUAUCCCCGAGGAGAUGGUCACCAUGGAUUAUAUGGUGCGAGGGGCGCAGAUGGCGGUGCACCAGCUGAUGGGGCUGGAGAGGGAGUUGAAGAAGUCGAAGAAGGGAUCUGCGGUCAAUUUGUUGGGUUUUUUGAAGGAUUAG